AUGGAUCACACAAAAAACAAGAAAAGUGGGAAUAUAGGUCAUAUGAUUAAAGAGUUUUAUAUAAAUUGGAAUUAUAGAAGACCUAGUUGGAGAGCUAGUUUUUAUUAUAACUGUUUAUCUUUUCUUACCGGUCUUAGUAUUGUUUGUACAUUAAUAUUUCAACAAUUAUUGAAAUCAUUUAACUUUUUUAUAAAUUAUUAUUGUGAAUAUGAAUAUAUUAAUUUUAUACAAACCGAUUUAUUAAUAUAUCUGACUCUAAUAAGUUUCAUAUGUGUAUUUUCAUUUCUAUUAUCAAGAAUAUGUUCUAUACUUUCAAAUUUUACAAUAAAUGAUUUUAUGUCAUUAGGAAAAUGGAUUGAAAGAAUUGGAUGCACAGUGAAAUGGUUUCCUUGGCUUUUAGCCUUGUUAAUUAUAUUUUGGUUUAUUAUAAAUGUGUUUAAUAUUAUAACUAUAUAUACUACUCCAAAUUUAUGGUGUAGAAAUCGUUUAAACGUAGAAGGUAGUUUUGUUGCUAAUAAUUGCAGAUUGUUCGAAGGAAGAAUAGCAGCCUGUACAAGUGAUAUGGUAGAAAGGAAAGCAAGUGAUUCUUUAAAUUAUGUUCGUAAAUGUAAUGACUUAAAAUUUUUAAAAAAUCAUUAUUAUUUUACCUUUGUUCCUGAUUUAAAUAACAAAAAUUAUACACAAUGUACUUUUAAUAAUAUAAACAUUUGUAUAUUAUAUAAAAGUUUGAUAUAUAAUCACGAUGUUAUAGAAAAAAUUAGAAAAAUGAAUAUAGAAGGUUGUCUAAGAAAUCCUCCAAAAGAUAUUGAUGAUUUUUAUGAUAAAGGUAUGAAAACUAGUGAUUUAUAUAAAUAUUCGCAGUUAUUUAUCAUAGGAAGCAAUGUAACAUUUUUUAUUCUUAUGUUUUUUUUUUAUUUUCUAAAGAAGACCACACAAUUUGAUGGACUAUUUUAUCAAUCAUUACAUAAUUCGGAUAUAUUUAUUUUACGUAUAUUACGACCAUUGACCCCAUGGUCAUGA